AUGCUUCAUAGACUUAAAAUUUUUAGUUAUUGUUGUUUAAAAUGAAUACAUGAAAAGAAAAAAAAACCAUAUAAAGUGUGAGAACAGGAAGUUACCCGCCCUUCGAGGAUCCGCCAUGUUGUUGUUGCCGUUCCGUCAGAGCCGGAGCCGACGUACAGCUGAUGAGUAAGACCGCGAGGAGUGUCCGUGUGUGGUCACUGUGAAAAAGAUUACUAUUUUUCAAAUAAAUAAACUAUUUAGCUUUAAAGCUACUUGGUGUAUUUUUCAUUUUUAUGCUAAAUUAGCAAGUCAUUUCUCGUUUGAAGAACGAUAAGAGAUAAGAAAGUAGAUAGAAAUGGCAGACUCUUCAGCAGAUCAUGUUGAUGAGCAUGAAGAUGAGUUGGAAGUUGAAUCAAACUACAAACCGCCUCCAGAGAAGUCAAUUGAACAAAUUUUAGAGACUGAUAAAGAAGAUGAGAGUCUACGGAAAUACAAAGAAACAUUACUAGGAGAGGCAAAAGCUGGCGGUAUUGUUGUUGAUCCAAAUGAUCCGAGGAAAGUAAUAGUCAAAAAAUUGGCACUAUGUGUUGAUGGUAGAUCGGACAUGGAGCUAGAUUUAACACAAGACUUGAGCCAAUUAAAGAAACAAACGUUUGUUAUCAAAGAAGGUGUCAGUUACAAAAUUCGGAUCGAUUUUAUUGUUCAACGGGAGAUUGUUCAUGGUUUGAAAUACGUACAGAAAACCUAUAGGCUUGGAGUACCCGUGGAUAAAAUGACGCACAUGGUUGGUUCAUACCCACCUAAAACUGAGGUGCAAUCAUAUACAACACCAGCAGAGGAUGCACCAGCAGGAGUUAUGGCUCGUGGUUCUUACACUGUCAGUUCUCUAUUCACAGAUGACGACAAACACGAGCAUCUAAAAUGGGAAUGGUCAUUUGAUAUUAAAAAAGAUUGGAAAGAGUAAAUUAUAAGAAAAUUUAUAUCUUCUUUUUACAUUCAUUAAUGUAUUGCGUGAAGCAUUUACAUUGAGUCACCUAUAGCCUUAAAGAUAAAGAAAUGAAAAGAGUUAAUUAAUUCAUUAAUUCGAUAAUUAAUGAGUAAGAUUUGUCUUUAGUUCAAAAGUAAAUUGCCAAAAUGAUUUUUUCAAUUAAUCAAAUUAUGUCGAUUUAAUGCGUAGAAAAAUGGAUGCCAUGUUAAAUUUUCUUUAGUAGAUUAUAUGAUAAAAAAGUAUAUAUGUAUUAUUGAUAAAAGAAAUAUAAGUAUCCAUCUGAUGUUUUUGAAAUUGGCUUAAUUAAAUCUUAAAACGUCAGAUGUGUUUUACUGUAAUUGUAGGCACGGUAUUUUGAGGAUUUUACACUUUCAUAAUAUUUAUAGAAUUCAAUAUCGAUUGUAUACAAAAAAAAAAACGAGAAAAUGUUGAUUACCUUUUGGAUUUAUUAAUUUGACGUAUGUCAGAUUGAUGACGAAUUUUUGUAAUGAAAGAGGAGAAAAAAUGUAACAAGAAAGAAUGUGAAAAAUUUAAUAAUUUUUUUUUAUGUGUAUUAUGUUAUAUAAAAUACAAUUCGAUAAAUGAAUAUUUGUUCUACAGAGAGAGAGAGAGUAAUAAAAAUACAACUGAAUUUACAUGAGUGCCUCUGUAUCUUCAAAAAUCAUUUACUUAAUUGAAAGAAUGUUUUGAGUAAAAGAAGAAAUAAACUCAUUUCAGAAUCUGUAGUGACGGAAAAAACCCAUCAAUAUACUAAAAGUAAUAGAAAAAAUAAUAAUAGUAGUAGAAACAAAAAUGAUAAAAAUAGUGAAUAAAGGAUUGUGCACUUCAAGGAAUUUUCAUAGACAUUUACAAUAAAACUAUAUAUACAUAACAACAAUAUUAGAUUAACGUUAAUUUGUAUCAGAUGCCACUGUCACCGUCAAUACAGUUGUUAAGUAAAA